UUUUAUAAAAAUUUGAAUCUGUGAACGUUUUUGAAUACAUGAUUUUUCAAGAUUUAGUUUUUCUGCGCAUUAAUACAUUUUUUGCACUGCCUUGCAUUCUCAUGGGCCAUCCGCCAUGAAACCACCACCCCAGCACCCUCUCCUCCUCGCCAUCCGCCACCACCACCGCCACCGCCACCGCCAGCUCUCCUCGUCCUCUGCUGACGCCGUGGCCGCAGCUGAGGUUCUGGGGACGCUCACCACCGCCCCUUCACCUGACGCGUCGCGCGACCUCGAUUGCCUGCUCCGCCGCCUAGGCGACCGCGGUCUGGCAUCCGCCCUCUCAUCCCUUCCUUCCCCCCUCCUAGCGGCGUCCGCCCUCCGCCUCCUUCACCACCUUGUUUCCAACGAUCCCUCCUCCUCCAGCCACGGCCACGCCCACGCCGACGACCUCCUGUCCCCCCGCGUCUCCGCGCUCCUCCUCCCCUCCCUCGCGGCCGAUCGCUCCACACUCCCCUCCGCUCGCCGCCUAAUCAGGCGCCUCCUACAUCACCACCCCCUCCACACUGCCGCAGCGGCUGUGGCCAACGCCUCCUCCACCCCCUCAUCGGAUUUACUCCUCAGCACCUUCCUCAACUCCUCCGCACGUGGUUCCCUCAGGGGUGCCACGGACGCCUUCCAUGUGCUCUCUUCCCGGGGCGCUUCGCCCUCCGUUAAGAUCUGCAAUAUGCUCCUUGAAGCUCUUGUGCGUGCUGGCCAGCUUGACGCCGCUUGCAAGGUGUUUGCUGAAAUGCGUGGUCGUCAGAACGUCACUCCGAAUGCAUACUCAUAUACCUCUAUGAUCAAGGCCCUUUGCAGGGCUGGAAAGGUGGACGGCGGUCUUAAGAUGCUUGCAGAGUUAGUCCAUGCUGGGCUGCAGCAAUGUGCUGGUGUAGUGCCAUACAAUCUGCUGAUGGAUGGACUUUGCAAGAGUGGAAGAGUAGACGAGGCUUUUCGGCUGAAGGAGAGGAUGGAAGAGAGCAAGGUGACUCCGAGCGUGGUCACCUUUGGCAUUCUGAUCAAUGGUCUUGCAAGAAGUCAGCGCCUUGGGGAGGUUGGUGCAGUGUUGCAGGACAUGGCUGGGUUAGGAAUCACCCCAAAUGAGAUCAUUUACAAUGAGCUUAUUGAUUGCCAUUGUCGGAGGGGGCAUUUCUCAGAAGCAAUCAGGUUGUUUGAUGAAAUGCUCUCAAAGGAGAUGAAGUCAACAGCAGUGACUUACAACUUGAUUGCUAGAGCUCUAUGCAAGGAAGGGGAGAUGGAGCGUGCUGAGCAGAUAUUGGAGGAGAUGUUAUCGGCUGGGAUGGUAGUUCAUUUUGGUUUGUUUAAUUCAGUGGUUGCAGGGCUUCUCCAAAGGACUGGAAGUUUGAAGUCUGUGGUAAGGCUUAUAAGCGAAAUGAUUAUAAGAGGUAUGCGACCAAAUGAUGCUCUCAUGACAGCUUGUGUGAAGCAGCUUUGCAAGGGCGAAAAACACCAAGAAGCAGUUGGAAUUUGGUUGAAGAUGUUGAAGGAAGGUUUAUCUGUCAAUAUUGCAACUUCUAAUGCAUUGAUUCAUGGGCUUUGUGAGGGGAAGGACAUGGAAGGAGCUACUGAGGUUCUAAGGACCAUGGUUAAUAAGGGGCUUGAACUGGAUAGCAUCACUUAUAACAUAAUGAUACUAGGUUGCUGCAAAGGCAAUAAAAUAGAGGAAGCAAUUAAACUCCGUGAUGACAUGCUCAGAAGAGGGUUGAAGCCUAAUAUUUUCACGUUUAAUACAAUACUACAUGCUUAUUGCAUUUUGGAUAAAAUGGAAGAGGCCAUUCACCUGGUGGAUCAGAUGAAAAUUGAGGGACUUCGGCCAGAUAUAGUGUCAUAUGGCACUAUAAUAAAUGGAUAUUGUAAAAUAAAGGAUAUUCAUAAAGUAAAUGAAUAUUUGACUGAACUGAUGACCUGUGGAUUAGAACCAAAUGUAGUAAUCUAUAAUGCACUUAUUGGUGGUUAUGGUAGAGUUGGUAACAUUUCUGGUGCAAUUGAUGUCCUUAACACUAUGAAGUCUGCUGGCAUAAGACCAACUAAUGUAACUUACUGCAGUCUUAUGCACUGGAUGUUCCAUGCUUAUCUUGUUGACGAGGCGAAGACCAUGUUUGAACAAAGCAGAGAAAACAGCAUUGAGGUGGGAGUAAUUGGCUACACAAUUAUGAUACAUGGUUUUUGCAAAAUAGGAAAAAUGGAUGAAGCUAUGAAUUACUUGGAGCAAAUGCGGUCCAGGGGUAUACCUCCAAAUAAGUUUACUUAUACCACUCUGAUGUAUGCCUAUUGUAAAUCUGGUAAUAAUGAAGAAGCCUCCAAGCUUUUUGAUGAGAUGCUGAGCUCAGGAAUUGUUCCUGACAACGUUACUUACAAUACACUAGUUACAGGGUUUUCUCAAGUGGAUCCAUUGGACAAGGCUACAGAACUGCCUGCUGAAAUAUCAAGUGUUUUGACACAGAAUGAUUGUUUGUACAAUGCAUUAGUUAAUAGGAUAACCAGACCUUGGUGCCAGAAAGAAGCUACUUCCAGUGAAUGAUGUUUGAUUAAGGAACCAUAAGGAAGACUGUUUUCUGAACAGACCCAUCCAAGCAUGAAAGGGAACUAGAGAGACCACAGAGGCCCUCGCCUUGCUAUUGGCUAGAUAGCUUUCUCAUCUAGCAGGAACAUCAACCGAGUCCAUUCAUCUCUUAUCUUGGACAGCUAUCCAACAGCAGCAGGUUGCGCUUAAAGUUUAUUUAUGGUAAUGUAUAGUUGCUCAUCAAGCUGCUACCUUGUGGCAUGUGGGGGGUGCCCAACAGAAGCACCAGAUUGCCUUGAAGGUUCAUAAUUGCCUAACUUUGGUUGACAAUGACAACACCUUGAUUGCCUCUCAGUGGAUAGAUGAUGACUGAAAGGAAUUACCUGCUUCAAGUUACAGAAGGGUUCCCCGCCGCUGCUCCUUCUCUCCAACUUCAAUCGCCACACCGAUCCCUGACACGAGGAGCGUGACGCCAUUCGGGGAGAUUUGCACACCUGUCUCCAUUGGAACGCUCAAGGAGGCGCAUCUCGGCCACCGUCAAGGCCACCGCCGCCACCUGCGGGUGUAACGAGGUGGAGGAGGAUCUCCAGUGCUGAGGCGCCGGGUGGAGGAGACGCCGUGGUGUCUACAUUGCGCUCACUGCUGACGGGGGUCCGCGAGGUCGAGCGUUGGGAGGGGUUGAUCAGGAUUAUGUCGAGGGCGAGACGUCGACGCUGGUGUCGGCAACCGUGACCAUGACCAGGGGAGUGAGGCACCAACGACCAUGACAUUGACCGUGCUGGCCCCUUGUCUUUCAUACCUGCCGCGAUCCGGUUCAGGCAGCUGCCAUUCAAACUGAUCCCGUCCAGCAACCUUCAGUUUGCCGUUUUCAUAUGAUACUAUGAUGCAUGAGUUCAUGAAGCAAGCAAAAGAAUCUAUCUCAAAAUUUUGUGUUCCAACCUAUAACAAUUCAACAACUGUUAAGUGCUGACUUUGGCUAUCUAGCAUGCUGACAAGACAAAGAAUAAUCCUCGGUUGCUGACUUUGAGCACUGAAGUAUGUGAAUUUUGUUCUCAUGGAUUUAUGCAAAUAUGAGAAAUUUUCAUUUUCUUACUGAUGUUAUGGUACGGCUAUAUAAAUCGAAAUUUCAGCUCAUUUUCUGCUUGUGCAGUUUGUUUGGAAGUGUACAUGUAUUUGAAAUUAGAGAUCUAAAUGAUAUUAGUAGUGUGUAUGUGAUCCUUUGAAUACCAGUUAUAACAUGUGUCC